AUGCAGUCGAGGUCCGUGAAGGAGGGUCUUUUGUUGCUGAGCAGGCACAGUUUGAGAAGUUCAAGCAGGGCAUUUGUGCAUAUGGUGGAGCGAGACAUGUCUCGCUCAAGAAUUGCGAGAUCAAGUCCUGCUCGCAUCUUGGCAAAUGGAACAUUCUUAAAUGCGGCGACCAGAGCGCAGGGCCAUGCCGAGCAAUUGGCUGCUAUGAGCGGACCAACACAGGCGGCUGAGGAGUGGGGAAGGGCACGUGGGAUACAGACGGAAGUUCUCAUCUCAGAUUCCAUCAUCCGAGAUAUGGCUUCCUUUGGUGUUUCCGUGGGUAUGGGCGCUAAUGUUUCUGUUCAUCAAUGCAAAUGCAUCAACAACGAUCCCGUGUCCUUCUUUGUCAAAGACGGCUCCAACUUCACGCUCUCCGCGAGUCUGGUGUAUUACACGCGCCAGCGGUCGAGGUGCACAUGGGCAGGAGGCUGGACGCACCCGACCAAUGCGGUCAACAUCGGCACGAACUAUGGAGGCGAAGUGAGGCUGCUUCAGAAUGCUUUCAUCGGCCCGGGUAGCAUGGCAGAAGCCAUGCACGAGGACUUCCGGAUCUUGCCCCAACAUAUGAAGUCCCUGGGCAUGUGGUCCAGCCCUGCGUACCAGGAAGGGAAUGAGCACUUCACCAAGGACUCAGCAGAAGUUCCCAGCUUGGAAGCCUUAGCCGCCAGGCUCCCCAAAGCCUGCCGGCCCACGGUUGUGGAUGUGAAGCGUCGCGACGAGACUCGCAUGCCACUGCUAGCGCAUCAGCGCCCGUGCUACACGGUGGCAGAUGCACAUUGGUCACCAACAAGCAGCCAGUAUUAUGCCAUCGGCAACACCUUCGGUUUCAGCGUAGCACGUGACAUCCCAAAGGAGGUGUCCAAUGUCAGUGUUCUUCUCGCCGCUUGUGGGGAUAUCAGGAACCUGCUCGCCACCGUGUCAGCCUGCCCCGCAACGUCUUUACACUUUACGCUCAACGAUGGCAACAAAAGUAUGCUCGCAAGGAAUUUGACACUUUUGCAGCUGAUUGCCCAAGGAGCGGCGGAUGAAGACGUCCUGGCGGUUUGGGCCAACCACUGUCUUACCACUCAUCAAAGAGACGUGCUGUUGGAUGCACUCAAGGCGUUGGAAAGCAAAUCUUCGCAUCCGCCGUGGAUUUCUCACGACGCAUCCUUGCAAGGCGUCUUCACGGAGUGGAUGACCGCGCAAGAGGUCUUUUCAGCAGAUGAGCUUCUGCGCAAGAGGCAGCCGGGCCUCGACAUCUCGACAAGUGAGGAGCUGUCAUGCACCGCUGCAGCUGCAGGAGGCAAGCUGUCUGCCAGAGCCCGACGAGAGAUCGCCUCGUACAUCAAAACAGGCAGCCUUCCGGACCUGGCAGCCUGCCAGGGCAGUGAAGAUGCCCGCGCCUGCGUCAACCCGACGCUGUUGCUGGCACCUGGGCUUCAGUACACGGUCUACUUCUCAACUUCGAUCUUCCGGGCGGUCCCGCUUGCCGGGACAGCCACCUCGGCUGUCGAAGGCCUUCUCGACACGUUGAAGCCGCAGUUUGAAUCCUUCCGACAGGCAGUGGAGGAACACAGAGUGUUCGUCAGGACAGAGGCUGGAGAUGUGCUAGGCGUGAUGCAGAGUUAUGCUUCGAAGCAGCAGUUCGACUUCAUCGAUACCUCCAAUGUGGCAGACUACGUGUCGAUGGCUGCCAUCUUGCAUGCGUCAAGCCGCGUUCUCAAGCCCCAAGGCUACACCCGGGUAGUGGCGGAAUCAGUGAUCAACGGUUGCAUCGUUCCAGCAGAUCCGCCCACCUCAUAUCUUGGGAAAUCGGUGCCUCCAGGACUGCUCAAAUCCAUCACUGGCCUUGAGUUCGACAGGGCCGAGUGUCUUGUCACCUCAGUCCGAACCUCCUGGAAGUUAUCAGAGCCGAUGCCCUCUGCCCCAGGUCGGUUGCUCUUGGAUCUUGCCUCGGCCGUGACAGCCAGCAGGGCAACCGACGUUCGUCUGCAAGCUCGUGUGAUGAUUUGUGCGCACCCAGCCAUAGCAACCCUGAUGAACAUGAUCCGCUGCACCCAAGAUGAAAGGUUCUUGGGGCUCCUUGUGAAGCUGGAGGCAGCUCCAGAACAUGAUUGGGAAGCCGAGGUGUGGGCUUCUCAGGAGAAGGAGCUCUCGCUCCUUUCGUUUGAUGCCGACGUGGAGCUACGACUGAUACCAUACAAAUCGAACGAACCCCCUUCUCUUGGUCCUGUCCCCUUCGCAACUUGCUUGCCAGGGCCCUGUGCCCCAGGGCGUGCAGAUCGUGACGACGAUGAGCUGGGACGAGGAGAUGGGAGUUGCCUCCUUUCUGAUGUCCCCAGCCAGAGCUGCCCAAACCAGGCAGUGGUAUGCAACGCUUGCUUGUAUAGCAGCCACCGGCAUCACCACAGUGGGAGUGAGUCGGCAGCUUGGAACGAUGAGCUGCAAAGCGGUUGCUAA